AUGAGCUAUUAUUACACACCUUCACCACCUUCUGCCUCAGGUAGCCUCUCGUAUGGUAAUGACUCUAUGUCUGUCAACCAUACGAGAGUGCCAUCAUACAACACCACAGCUGCAGGAUCAGUGGCUUCAUACUCGAGACCAAACUCAGUGUCUCCUCAGUUCACCAAUGCUUUUCCAGUAAGUGGUUCGUUCUUUGGAGCACAACCCGUUCAUCAUAACCGAUCGUGCAAGCAGAGGUUUAAUGCGUCGAGAGGCUUUGAGAUGGAAGACGACAUGGAGUUCUGUCCGGCACUUACCAGCGAUCGGUCAAGUGCCUCAUCGUCGGUUUCUUCGGACUCGUCUGACUAUCAUCAGGACUACACUAUCUCUCGCCCUGCCAAUCUCGGCUCACCAAUCUCGUCUCCAGCAAAGACCAAUGCUGUUCUUUCAGCAGCAUCAGUGUCUCCUAGCACACCCGCCAUCUCGCGAGUCCGCAAAGCCAUUGAGAUUGUCGAUCCGACCACCGGCCUGAGAGUCUCGUCUCCACCAACACCCUCGGCCGGUUUGAGGAGAUGA